AUGUCUACAGCAACAUCUGCAUCAGUAUCAUGUACUACUAAACAAAAACCUCGUCUUGAACUCCAAGGUUUUUCCGAUAUAAAAGAUCGAUUUACUGAAAAUAAAACAUAUUGGCGUUGGAUAUAUUAUAAUUCUCAAAAAUGUCAUGCCCGUCUUCAUACAUGUAAUAUUACCAAUAAUGUUAUAACUCCACCUUGUGUUCAUACAUGCAAAGGUAAUGGUAUUACAGAUGAACUUCGAAAGUUUAAUGAAGAUCUUUGGUAUCGUACAAUGAAUACACAGGAAACACCUGAUUUAAUUAUAACACAUUGUUGUAUCGGAAUGUCGGACGAAGCUCGUUUACCAUCACAUGAUAAUAUUAAACGUCGCAUUAGAAUGUUACGUCAAGAUAAAAAGCUUCCAUCAGCCCUAAAUGAUCCUAAUUUUUCAAAUGUUCCAACAGCUUUAACUGUAACAUCUCGUGGUGAUAAAUUUUUACGUUGUGAUACUGGACCAGAAGCAUGGCAUCAUCGUAUAGGAUGUGUAUUUCAAUGCGUACAUCCUACGCUUUGGUCAUUUUUACAAAAACCAAUUCAUGAAGAACAUGCAACACAUGCUGAUAUAGUUCAUAUAAAUAGUGGUGAAGCACCAAAACAUAGAAGUAAAACAAAUGAACGGUUUGAACGACGUCCAUUAAAUUUUUUAUUGCAUCCACAUGAUGAUAUUCUUGUGCAACUAAAUAAUAUUGCACAUAAUAUUUGGUUUAAGCUUUAA